AUGACGACACCGAGGCGAAGCGACGACUUCGACGGCACAGUGACCAAGAAUAUCAUGGACGACUACGACGACACUGUAACCAAUGAUUGCAUGUACGACUACGGCGACACUGUGACCAAUGUUUGUAAGUACGACUACGACGACACUGUGACCAAUGAUAGCAUGUACGACUUCGACGACACUUCAACCAAUGAUAGCAAGUACGACUACGACGACAACGUGACCAAUGGUUGCAAGUACGCCUACGACGACACUGUGACCAAGGAUAGCAAGUACGACGAAAACAACACUGUGAUCAAUGAAAGCGUGUACGACUACGACGAAACUGUGAUCAAUGAUAGCAAGUACGACUACGACGACACUGUGACCAAUGAUAACAUGUACGAAUACAACGACACUUUGAUCAAUGAUAGCAGGUACGACGACUACGACGGCAUUGUGACCAAUGAUAGCAUGUACGACUAUGACGGCACUGUGACCAAGGAUAGCAUGUACGACUAUGACGACACUGUGACCAAGGAUAGCAUGUACGACUACGACGACAUUGUGACCAAUGAUAGCAUGUACGACUACGACGACACUGUGACCAAGGAUAGCAUGUACGACUACGACGACACUGUGACCAAGGAUAGUAAGUAUGACUUCGACGACACUGUGACCAAGGAUAGUAAGUACGACUACGACGACACUGUGACCAAGGAUAGCAUGUACGACUACGACGACACUGUGACCAAGGAUAGCAUGUACGACUACGACGACACUUUGACCAAGGAUAGCAUCAACUACGACUACGACGACACUGUGACCAACGAUUGUAAGUACGACUACGACGACACUGUCACCAAGGAUUACAAGUACGACUACGACGACACUGUGACCAAGGAUAGCAAGUACGACUACGACGACACUGUGAUCAACGAUAGCAAGUACGACUACGACGACACUGAGACCAAGGAUAGUAAGUACGACUACGACGACACUGUGACCAAGGAUAGUAAGUACGACUACGACGAUACUGUGACCAAGGAUAACAAGUACGACUACGACGACACUGUGACCAAGGAUAACAAGUACGACUACGACGACACUGUGACCAAGGAUAGCAACGACACCGUCACCAAUGAUAGCAUGUACGACUACGACGACACCGUGACAAAGGCUUUCAGGCGCGGCUACGAAAGAAAUUGA